AUGCCAGUACUAAAGAAAAGUAGCUUGGAAAAAGCAAAUGGCAAAAGCUGUGAAGACACAGAGGCACUGCCUAAACUUCCUGUUCCUCCUCUUCCACAAACCAUGGAUAUGUAUCUCAGAUGUAUGAAGCACUUGGUGACUGAAGAGCAGUACAGAAAGAGUAAGGCUGUAGUGGAGAGAUUUGUAGCACCAGGCGGCAUGGGAGAAAUGUUACAGCAAAAACUUUUGGAAAGAAGAGAAAAAACAGAGAACUGGGUGCAUCACUAUUGGCUUGAUGACAUGUAUCUCAAUAAUCGUCUACCACUCCCAGUAAAUUCAAGUCCAGCAGUGAUAUUCCCCCGCCAUAACUUUCAGGACGUCAAUGACCAUUUGAGGUUUACAGCCAACCUGAUCUCUGGAGUGCUUGAUUAUAAAACGAUGCUGGAUCUACAUUCUCUACCCGUAGACUUCGCCAGAGGUCAGCUGUCUGGCCACCCCAUGUGUAUGAAGCAAUACUAUGGCUUAUUUUCUUCCUACCGCCUUCCAGGAAGCACCAAAGAUACGUUAGUGGCACAGGAAAGCAGCAUCAUGCCAGAACCUGAACACAUCAUUGUAGCAUGUAACAACCAGUUCUUUGUGUUGGAUGUUGUAAUCAACUUCCGUCGCCUUAGUGAUGGAGAUCUCUUCACGCAACUGUUGAAAAUUGUUAGACUAGCUGGCAAUGAAGACGAAAGGCUUCCACCCAUUGGAUUACUGACUUCUGAUGGAAGAGCAGAGUGGGCGAAGGCAAGAGAGAUUCUCAUGAAAGAUUCAACAAAUCGUGACUCCUUAGACAUGAUCGAACGCUGCAUGUGUAUAGUGUGUUUAGACUCCCCAACUGGAAUGGAAUUGAAUGAUACCAACAGGGCAUUGCAGCUCCUUCAUGGUGGAGGUUAUGAUAAAAAUGGAGCAAAUAGAUGGUACGAUAAACCCAUGCAGUUUGUAGUUGGUCGAGAUGGUGUGUGCGGCACUAUAUGUGAGCACUCUCCCUUUGACGGGAUUGUCCUCGUACAAUGCACAGAACAUCUGCUGAAAUAUAUGAAAAACAGCCCAAAAAAAUUAGUAAGAGCGGAUUCUGUAAGUGAGCUGCCGGCGCCACGGAGACUGCGAUGGAAAUGUUCCCCAGAAAUUCAGGGGCACUUAGGUUCAUCAGCAGAAAAACUACAAAGGAUUGUGAAUAAUCUUGAUUUCACUGUCUAUAAGUUUAAAAGUUAUGGAAAAGAGUUUAUCAAGAAACAAAAAAUGAGCCCAGAUGCAUUUAUCCAAGUAGCUCUCCAGCUUGCAUUUUACAGGUGCCAAAGAAGACUUGUGCCUACAUAUGAAAGUGCUUCCAUACGUCGCUUUCAAAGGGGAAGGGUUGACAAUAUAAGGUCAUCAACAGCCGAAGCGUUAGACUUUGUAAAGGCAAUGGUUGAUGGAGAAAGCAAAAAAACGGGUUCUGAAAAAAUGACACGUCUAAGGGAUGCAAUUAUGGCUCAGACUAAUUACACUAUUUUGGCCAUUACUGGGAUGGCAAUAGACAACCACUUACUAGCAUUAAGAGAGUUAGCCCAAGAACAAUGUAAGGAACUGCCAGAGCUCUUUACAGAUGAAAUGUAUUUGGCCAGCAAUAGAUUCAUCCUCUCCACCAGUCAGGUGCCUACAACAAUGGAUAUGUUCUGCUGUUAUGGACCAGUAGUCCCAGACGGUUACGGCUCCUGCUAUAACCCACAACCUGAACACAUCCUCUUCUGCAUCUCCAGUUUCCGAGCUUGUAAAGAGACAUCAUCUACAAAUUUUGCCAAAGCCGUAGAAGAAAGCCUUCUUGCUAUGGGUGAUCUGUGUAUGAAGUACAACACGAACCCGCAAACGCCGCUAAAAGAGAAGAAAACAGGGUCACAAAAUGGACAUAAACCAUAG